AUGGCCAACAUUACAUUUGUCACUGAGUUUAUUCUUCUGGGACUUCCUGAAUUUCAUGGUCUGAAGACGGCCUUUUAUACCAUGCUUCUACUGAUGUAUCUUCUAUCCCUGAUAGGACACAGUUUAAUAAUCACAGUGGUUUUCAUAGAACCCAAACUUCAUACUCCAAUGUACUUUUUCCUCAUCAAUUUCUCCAUGGCAGAAAUCUGUUCCACAACAGCAGAAGUACCAAAGAUGUUGACAAAUAUCUUCUCAGGACAAAAAUCCAUCUGCUUUGCAUGUUGCAUGGCACAGCUUUUCAUGGUCUUUGCAAUGGGAGCUGUUGAAUUCAUCACCCUCUCCAUCAUGUCUUUUGACCGCUAUGUAGCCAUUUGCAAACCUUUGCUAUAUAAAACCAUCAUGACCAAUAGGUUCUGUGUCCAUCUGGCCUUCCUGGCUUGGGUCGGUGGAUUUGUCAUCAUCUUCUCUCAGUCAGUUGUUGUGUGGAAUUACCCAUAUUGUGGACACAACGUCAUUGACCACUUCUUCUGUGAUAUUGGUCCUCUUUUGAAAUUGGCCUGUGCUGAUACAACUUUGAUGGAACUUAUAGGUCUCAUCUAUGGGGCUACUUUCAUGUGGGGUUCCUUUGGGCUUUCACUGAUUUCAUAUAUCUACAUUAUAGCCACCAUAAUUCAGAUCCCUUGUGCUUCUGGGCGAUCGAAGGCAUUUUUCACCUGUGCCUCCCAUCUCACAGUUGUUAUCAUCUUCUACAUGGCAGAUAUGUUUAUGUACUUGCAACCUUCAACCCAUGGUGACACAAGAGUCAACAAGGUUGUAUCUCUCGUGCGCACAAGUUUCAUCCCUAUGUUAAACCCUUUCAUCUACACAAUACGGAAUAAAGAGUUCAAAGUAGCCAUUCAGAAAGCAGUGAGACGAAAGCUACUUUUCUAG